GCUGUGGUACGGGCGGCUCUAUUGUUUGCGGGUCAGAGCUCGACUCUUCACUCGUGGUCCUUCCCUUUCCUGGCGGCAAGGCGUGCGAGUGAGCUUCUGAAACACAAGCGUCUGAAUGAAACACUUUUGAAGGUUUUCCGAAGCCUGAUAUUUUUUGAUUAAACAUGAGUUUACCGCUGAACCCGAAGCCGUUCCUGAACGGUCUGACCGGAAAGCCCGUGAUGGUGAAGCUGAAGUGGGGUAUGGAGUACAAGGGUUACCUGGUAUCAGUGGAUGGAUACAUGAACAUGCAGUUGGCAAACACAGAGGAGUAUGUGGAUGGAGCUUUAGCAGGUCACCUUGGCGAGGUGCUUGUCAGGUGUAACAAUGUUUUGUAUAUAAGAGGUGUAGAAGAGGAGGAAGAAGAUGGGGAGAUGAGGGAAUGAGGAGUAUGCUUACAGUUAAAGAUGUAUAAUUUAGUUUUAGUUGUAUGUGAAACAUUGUUUUUUUUUCUCCCCCUUUUGUAAUUCAUGUGUUAAAAUGUUUUGUACACUAUAGAAGCAUAAUUAUGAUGGCACAAGUGUGCAAAUAAAAUUAUGCAUUUUGUA